CUGAUUCAUUUUCAUUCAGAUAUUCAAGCACCCAGGUACUCAGCGCUGUGGUUAAACUACACGUAUUGAAUAGAAACAGAUUAAGGCUUUUUACAGCAACAGCACUCAGCAACUGUGCGACAAACUACGUUAACUUUUUAUCCACUUUCGUAAAAACGAAAGUGUAAUGAAAGGUGUCUGUGAAAUAUCUAGGAUAUAACGUUUUGCAUACAAAAAAAAAAAGACUGGUGAUUGAUUCCGCAUGCUAAACACGAAAACAUACAGACAUGCUUGCGGAGCGUGUAACCCAUUAGCAGACAUACUGUAGGUAUUACGUUUGUUUUCAAUGUUUGUUUCUUUUAUUUUACCGAAGGCUCGGUCCCCUUUAAAUAUCCAGCGGAGUUAGUUAAUUAAUUAAAUUCAGUAGCUUGUAUUGAACACAAACAUUAUUCCAAUCACAUUUAUCUGGCGGGCUGGGAACAGGCAUGGCUGUCGUGUCUGUAGCCGAACAGGAGAAUGAGGGGGCUUCUGAGCAAAGACGUAUCACCAACGCAACCAGCUGCCAUCUCAACCACUGCUGCUCAUACUAGCUCUCCAUUUUUUUAAUUCCACAAAAAUCCAGCUCCACUGUUGUUGUUGUUUUUUUUCUUAAAUCAGCCUUCAUGAAUUCUUAAGCGUGUUUAUUUUAAGUGAAUGCACCAUUUCUGUAUUUCUAAUCUCUUUUGCAUCGGGAAUGAAAAUACAAGAUGGUCCGCAUCGCUAGCGCUCUGGGUUUGGUGAUGCUAAGUGUCGCUUUGCUCAUUUUAUCCUUGAUCAGCUACGUGUCGAUAAAAAAAGAUAACAUCUUCACCACCCCAAAAUAUGCCAGCUCCGGAGGUCCGAGGAUGUAUAUGUUCCAUGCUGGAUUUCGGUCACAGUUUGCAAUGAAGUUCCUGGAUCCAUCUUUCAUUCCCCUUACAAAUGCCCUGAAUGAAGAACUCCAAGAAAAAACAUCAAAAUGGAAGCUGAAUAAGACUGCCUUCAUACAGCAAAGAAAAGAAAUCCUCCGUUACAUUGAUGUGGCAAACAACUUCUCCCUAACAAAGAACAGUGUCCGAGUUGGUCAGCUAAUGCACUAUGACUACUCCAGCCAUAAAUAUGUGUUUUCCAUUAGCAAUAAUUUCAGAUCUCUUCUUCCGGACACGUCUCCAAUCCUGAACAAGCAGUACAACGUGUGCGCAGUGGUGGGCAACAGUGGAAUCCUAACAGGAAGCCAGUGUGGCCCAGAGAUUGACAAGUCCGACUUUAUCUUCCGAUGCAAUUUUGCACCUACUGAGAUAUUCCACAAAGAUGUGGGAAAGAAAACCAACCUCACCACCUUCAACCCCAGCAUCCUUGAAAAGUACUACAACAACCUCCUGACUAUCCAGGACCGCAAUAACUUUUUUCUCAGCCUGAAAAAGCUGGAUGGUGCCAUACUUUGGAUCCCAGCCUUUUUCUUCCAUACAUCAGCAACCGUUACCAGAACCCUGGUAGACUUUUUUGUGGAACACAAGGGACAAUUAAAAGUGCAGUUGGCCUGGCCAGGAAAUAUCAUGCAGUAUGUCAACAGAUACUGGAAGACCAAACACCUGGCUCCGAAACGCCUCAGCACUGGCAUUCUCAUGUACACCCUGGCAUCUGCAAUGUGCGAAGAGAUCCACCUGUACGGAUUCUGGCCCUUCGGAUGGGACCCAAACACCGGGAAGGAGCUCCCCUAUCACUACUACGACAAAAAGGGGACCAAGUUUACCACCAAAUGGCAGGAGUCCCACCAGCUUCCCACUGAGUUCAAACUGUUGUACAAAAUGCACACGGAAGGUUUGACCAAACUAAGUCUUUCACACUGUGCCUAGAAACCCCAGGUUAAACAAAAGUGCCAAAUGACCAUACAGUGAUGCUCUACUUGGGCUGACUGAGGAUACACAACCACCCUGAGACCCCGUCAUGUACAAAAGGGCAUCAGCACAGCCAUGUGCCGUGUUGAAUGUCUGGGCUUGAAGGCCUGGGAUUUUAUUUGCUCAUCGUAAAAAGGGGCAGAAUGUUCCAAUUUACAGUUGAGGCACAAAUCGGUUAAUUUAUUUGAAUGUUAGCAUACUAUUUGUUGUAUAAAUGAAGUGCGAUAUAACUUAAGGACAUGAAGGGGUCAUGUAAGUGGUUUCAGUACACUUUCAGCUGGCUUUAUAUCAUUAUCUUGGAUGGCAGGGGGUUGUGUGGAGGUGUUGGGGCAGUUUCCUCUGAUAUUUAGUGCUUCCCUUUCCAUUCCUUUAGAAUGGUGAAAUUGGCACUAGGGACUUUUAAUAUUGAUUCACAUUUGUAACAGUUAGGCGGCUGGAGGGGAAAGAUUUCGACUGCACCAUCAGGACCAAUUCAUUCUGCUAGAGUUGCAUUGAGUAAGCAUUAACGUCAAAUUAGUAUUUUUUUGUCCUUAUUUUAUACUUAUAUCUAACGGUAAACAAUUGUAUUGAUGCCCUUUGAAAUGCCCUGACAAACACCAAAUCAAAACUGCCCGACUGUCUUUGUGUGGCCUGGGUAGAGCACCAUGCCAUUGUAUCUCAGUCUCAUUUAUUCUGUAUUGCACUGUGUGUUUGUACCCUAUGGGUAAUUUAUUUUCAAGGGUAACUCCCAUUAAGAAGUUGCAGCUGUAUAUGGAACAGCCAUAUUGCUAUUUUUAUGUUGUACAGCAGAAGCUCUUUAUCAUACUAGGGUAUAGAAUUUGGAGAAUUCCCCAGGAAUUCUGCUGCAUUAGCUAUGCAAAUGCAGAUUACUAGGUGUGAUGAAUCCACAUGGAGAAAGGUGUCAAAGAUGAGUGGAGGAGUCUUCUGCUCUGUGCAUUGCAUAUACAGUAGAAUAAGCUUCUAAUUAAGUCACAGGUAUGCCAGGUACUACUGUAUGUCACUAUCUGCUCUUGUGCCAGACCUCAUAGCCUUUUAAUUCAGUACAUAGUUUAGACUUCAAUGUAAGGAAUGUAAGAAACCACCUCUGUGUAGCAACAAUGACUUGUAAAAGUCAUCAGUUGUUUUACUGCGUACACUUCAAGCAAAAGAUUGUAAACCUGGCCUCAGUGUUCUUCCCACACAUUCUUCUUGUAAGCUGAGAUACUAUUGCAGUCUUCUUUAGGCCUGUUGGAAACCACCAUCCUGAAAACAUUGUAUACGUUCUCUGUCAAGAACUGGACGUUUAUGACAUUUCUUGGUCAGUGGUCAUAUCUUGCUUUGGCAAAUGGUAUGUAGCACCUUCUUCUAGUCUGUCUAGCUGUUGUGUAAAUGUGAUUUAAAGGAUUUAGACAAUAUUUACUAUAAGAAUACUCAGUUACUCGGUUCCCCACUUCAUCAGUUUCAUGAUGUUGUUUCUGUACCGUCCUUCCUGUGAAUUGUGUCCGUUCCCUGUUGCAGCAUGCACAGAGGUAACUGUCAUACCAGAGUGCAGAAGAACCUCUCACCCUGUACGUACCCCUGUCCCUUCCUGGUCAGUCUACUUGACCACAUGUCACAGGUUUGCCACGACGGUCAACAUUUCCUGACUGAAAAUCAGAACGUUUUGUUUUUCGGAGAUUUAAAUGACCCCUUUUAUCCUUCUCUGUCUGUGUUUUUCCUCAGUACAUUUUGUUUUCUAUGUUUCAGUUGUUCUGUUCAAAGCAGAAUAAGGCAGAGAAGGGGUGUGAUUUAAAUAGAGAGUUUUAUUGUGUUAACUUAUCUGGCUGAGGAAAACAUCCUAAAUAAUAAUUCUUAUUAAGGGAAUAGUAAAAAUGUGAUUGAGCCCUUCUGAAAGCUAAAGAAACGACAUUUACAUUUAUUUUAUAGUAAAAUAUAGUCCAAUACAUAUUUUAUUUCUUACAAAACAGACACCCUGAUAUUUAAUUGUUAACAAUAUCCAUUGCUCUACCAGGAAUAGAAUCAUUUCAGCAUAGAAGUGUGGAAGUGUCUGGCUUAAAACAUGGAAGUGAAAUUAGUCACAUUUUCAAAACAACAUUCAUUUAAUUUCAUUCUUAGUAUGAAAACAUUUUGUAUUCAUUUUUAACAGUGAAAAUGCAUGGCCAUACUUUGUGUCAGAAAGUUGGAUUUCCUUCACAGUAAGUUAAAAUAAUAUAAUUGCUAUUAUUUUCCCUCAGAAUUCUGCCCACUUGGAGAGCUGACGCUGAAUUUUAAAAAUGAGCAAACACCAAUUUUCAAUUGCAUGUUUUCGGAAAGUAUAUUAAAAUGAAAAAUAAUACAGAUCAUGUAAUACGUAUUAAAAUAUAUAUUAUAAAUUAUUUAAAUACAAUUUAAUUACAAUGCAUUGAACCAGGAAAACUCUCCAUGUCACAUAACAAAAAGCAGAACUCAAAGGUGAGCAAUGAAUUCCUGCAUAAACAGAGACUUAAAGUAAUAUAAGCUUUAGUCUGAAUUAGUGCAUCAUUUUGCAUUUCCACAGUUAUCACAAUGAAUGCAUGACACAUUUAAGAAUAUACAUCAACCCUUGUUGUUUCUGGAGGGGGUAUUAACUCUAUUAUGAAGCCAGAAAUUGUUUAACUGGGGACUGCAACUUCCGAGAAUUGAGUGCUCUGUGAUGGUCUGGACUGCUUGGAGAGAGAGCUUUGGCUUAACCUCCUUGGUUCAUGAGCAAUCUCCUAGCCAGAGGACCAGGAGGCCUGAAUCCCAUUCAGAAGGACUCAGCCAAGGGAUAGCUGCAAGGUGGAGAUAGGAUGGAGAAGGGAUGCUUGAGGUGAAUCCUCAAGGCCAAGAGCUGUGUUUGUGUUGGAUAUACAGUAUAGAGCUCAUUUCCGUGAUGAUGGCGAUUAGGUCCAGCUGUGUGAGACUGACCUGUCAUUGUUAUCCCUCCCAGACUGCAGUUAAUAACCUCCGUAUAAAAGAACAAGGUAAGGGGAAAGUGGCAUACAGUAUUUCCUUUAGGUCAAACAUCAUUUCAAAAGAGAUGUGGAACAAGCCAGGAGGAAGGAUAGGGAUAGGAUAAGGGGCAGAAAGAGGCUGGGGUCUGUGGGGGGUCAAAACCGGAUAUGAAUCGGCAAUGUCAGACCAGAUGAAGUUUAUAAAAUGCGACCCGUAUUCUGACUAAUGAGAUUUGCCUAAUCAAAUCAGGUCAUGUGUCAUUAUGCACAGAGUUACCUCAAUGUUCAUGUGACCAUUAAAAACAGCUACAGCCCUUGCCAUUAGGGGAAAUAAGAGCAGUUUUCCAAGACCAUCGCUUUCUGGCCAUGUUUAUUUCUGAGGAGUGGUGUGGGUCAACUCUGGAUCAUUUUUUAAAAAGCUGUAUGUAGAAUUUGUUCUCACCUUCAGUGCUCCGAAAAGAGUUCUGUAAUAUGUAACCUACAUAAAAUCAAAUGAUAUGUUAAGAUAGAAUCAGGCAAGGAAAAGGGUUCAGAAUAAGAGUUCCAUUUACAGUAUGAUCCAAAGUUUUGAUCCAUGGAUCCAAGUGCAUGAGACAUUUUCAUUUUAAACACAUUGUCUGGAGAAAGGAACUAUACCAGUGCUUCUUUUCUUAGCUCUGUUUCGUUCUGCUGGUAGGUUACUGAAUUUCUGAGACUGACAGUUGAUUUUUAAGUGUGGAUGUUUGUCUUGAUUUGUUGUUUUUUUUUUUCUUAUGAGCAUAGUGGACCUCUGCAUAAUGACACAAAGUGAGACAAAAGUAAUGUUCAUCUCAAUGAUGUUAUUGAAAACACAGUUCAGAAUCAUCUUGAAGAAAAAAGCUACUCCACUGAUAAUUUCAUAAAGAGCUAUCAAUCGUGUAAUAGUCACUGUACACUUUCAACACCCACCUGUUCAUUUUCCUUUUCUCUUCAGUUUGUUGAAAACACAUUUUUAUAACUCACCCAUAACAUUUUCACUGUGUUUCUGCACCGUUGAAAAGCCAUUUUUCCUUUAGUAAUUUAUUUGUGGUCUUUUCUGUGUUUAACUCUAGAGCUCUACAGAUAUCAUUUUGGCAAAGGAAUUAUUUGCCUGUUGAUGAAUAAUGUCUAGUUUUUAUUUUACAUGUUAUCAGACUCCAAGGAACUACAUUCACUUGAAUGUCUUAGCAGGGUUAAAAUCCAAAUUAACUGUACAGUUUUGGGUUUUUUUUUUUGGUCAUUUUCAAGUACUGCAUUAAUUGUUCACCAUAUGUUGGAUAGAAAAAUAUUUUAAACUUGCUGUUUACGAACACUUGCAGAUUUGCCAUUUGUAAAAUUUUAAUGUUUCUGUAAUGAAUGUGAAUGGGUUUCUGAAAUUAUAAAACACAUUUGAAUGUACUGUGCCUGCAUUUCUGCUAUAUGUGCCAACAAUGCUCCUGUGUAGGACGUUGUUCCAAAUAAAAUCAUAUUCUGCCAUA